AUAGUUAAAUAGAAUAAAAUAAAACUAAACAAUUAAUCGUGUUAGGGUUUAAGGCGUUUAUCUGUCACUCCCAAAUCUGUUUGGGGGGGGGGUUUAUGCAACUCAACUCUCAAGAGUUAAGAGAACUCUCCUCUCGCGUUAUGGAGUAGAUAGAUUAGCCAACAAACCGGUAACUUGGAUUUGUUCAUCGAUUUCUUUUUUUUUCUGAAUGGAUUCUACUGAUGACGAUUUUGGUGAGUUGUACGUUGAUGACAAGGUUCAUCUGGGGAAAAGGGGGAGUGAUGCUUUCGCCGGCGGCGAUGCAGGAUUCGUAAAAUCGUCUGAAGAAUCGAAGUUUGCGACGGAUUCCGGCAAGGAUAUGGGUUUCGAAGGGUCGGUAAACCCUGAUUCGGAAGGAGAAACCAAGAAAUUGGGUGCGGUGGCUGAGGAUUCGAGUCCGUGUGACGACGACGCUUGUGCUGUGAAUCUGAGCGAGGCGAAUGAAGAAGAGUCUGAGUAUAGUGAUAGUGAUAGUGACGAUGAUUUGAAAAUAGUCCUGCAAGACGACGACGAUUCUAAAGCUGAUGCUUGUGCUGAUGCCGUCGAAGCUUCCAAAGCUUGCUCCUUUCAGAGACGGUGGACUAAAUACGCUUCAUCUUGCACCGAUCCUUCUUUUGGAAUGUCUCAAUAUGGAUAUAGUUUCUCUAACAAUUGGUCCAGGACACCUUUUGAUGUAAAUUUGGAUCUGUUGGAGACUAAGCCAUGGAGGAAUCAUGGUAUGGAUAUCAGUGACUUCUUUAAUUUUGGGCUUAACGAGCAAAGCUGGAAAGAUUACUGUAAACCGUUGGGAAGAGCAAUUGAGGUUGGAGGUGGAACUUUUGAGCGAAUACCUUCUGCAGAUUUGCGUCGUCGACGUGAUUCAGACCCUGAUGUAGUGAUACAGAUCCCAGUUACUAAUGAUGCUGAGGAGACACCUGAAAAAUCAAGGUCUCUCAACAUAACAUCGAAUGAAGCGUCUAGAAGUGAGGAUUCACUUUCAGAUAGUGGGAAGGAUUUGAAUUCAGUCGAUGAUUCUCCAAAAGAUGAAGCUUUUGAGGGGUCUCAGGAUGAAAACACUGGAAGCUUCAAUGGCGAGCAAUCUCCUCCAACAGAAAAUUGCUGCAGUAAGGAAAUAACAACACCUUCUGAUAAAGAAAUGAUUGAGGAUGAGAAAGAAGAGAGUUUUUGCAGUUCUGAUGAGGCGGAUUCAUCCUCAGUGGAGAGGGAAUCAUCUCUUGGAGAUCGCAUUCGUUUGAGCCCUACCUCUUCCUGUUCUGUUGGUAAUAAUGAGGAAUCUGAUGAUUCUGAAACAGAGUCAUUGAAAGAUAGUGCUACUGAUGACCAACGUGAAGUCAGUACCCCACCACGACAAGCUAGACUUGCAGAACAUGAAGCAAGUAGUAUCGAAAGAGAGGAAAGGAAUGGUACAAUGCAUUCCAGACACGAAAGAUCUGACGAAGACUCGACCAAAAAGCACUGUGGGAGAGCUGGCUAUGCUGUACAUGGGAGAAUAAAAUACAGAACUGUGAAGGAUGCAUCAUCGCCUACACCAGAUCCAAGUUGUGGCAGAAAUGUUCGUUCUCGACAUGAAAGUUUGUAUCGUGAUUCAAACAAAAACAGGCAGAAUGGAUCACGUAUUACAUUAGAAAGGGAUGAGACUGAAGGUAAAGGCUUUCAUUACUCAAACAGAGAAAAACGUCAUGAUAGAUUGUAUCCAUCUGUGGAUCAUGCUCGGCAUAGAGAGCAGAGGUUUGGUUGGCGCAGCAACAACAAAGAAUCAUCACUGGGUCGAGCUUUUGAUCAUUCUAAUAGUUACAACUGUGAGGCGCGUCGUAAAGAGUAUACCUCACAUUCAUCCUUGGAUCUUAAUCAGAGAAAUUCUAGAUCAAGUUUUAAAGAAGAGGAUGAUCGAUAUGGUUGGCAUCAUUGUGAAAGAAAUUAUGGUCAUGAAAGAAGUCCUGUCCGAGCCUACGAGAACAACAAACAAAGAUACGGGUAUGAUUGGCUAAGAGAACCUUAUUAUGAGGACUGUUUACCACUGACUGACAUGGACUAUAGGUACCGGUCAGAGUACUCUUCUGCAUAUGCAAUCCAUGAACAGAAUCGCGAGAAUGAUCUUCACUGCAGAAGAAGGGGUGAUUACGAUUAUAAUCUGCAUCGUCUUAGAUAUGAAGAUGGAUGUUACAGGGCAGAAGGGAGAAUUUCAUUUGACAGGGAGAUGCGUUAUUUUGCUGAAGUGGAAAGGAGAGAAUUUCGAGGGUAUAAAAGACAUGAGGAAUUAUCUGAAAUAGAGAAAAGACACGAUUACACUCAUGAUUGGCAUCUUGAUAGAUUUCUUUCAGAGGAAGAUGGUUAUAAAUGCAGAAGCGAAGAUGCUUGGCCCUCACCGUCUUUACCUUUGAGAGACUCGUGGUACAAAAAUGAAGCAAAAGGUAACUUCCGGAGAGAUGAUACCAGAGACUUCAGAACAGUGGAGGCAUAUGACAGCCAGAAUAACCAGUUUUAUAAGGCUGCACCGAGAGAUGGUUGGACGCAUAGUCGUGGUCGUAGCGAUAAAGUGAGCGUAAAAGAUAGACUAAAGUGUGCUGAUGAUUGGGUUCGUCCUGAUAGAAGGAGAUAUAAUUUGGCAGAUGACAUUCAGUGUUCAAUGACAGAAGUUACUCAUCCGGAGCAUCCAUCAUAUACUGAUGAGAUAUUACUCCACAACCUCGGAAUACCAACACAUAAUCGAAUGGCUAUCAAACAAAGGUCUGGAUACAAGAAGAGCCAUAUUCAUGAAAUUGAUGAAAGACGUCACAGAUCCAAAAGGCUGAGGGGAAGAGAUGGGCAAGCUUUCAUCAAACGUCAGGAUCCGGUUGACUUAGCUGGUAGGCAAAGAAAGCUCUCUAACCAAUCAAAAAGAGGAUUCUCCAAUGGCCAAGACACGAUAGAACAACAACAAGGUGGUCAGAAAUCAGGAAAGUUAAUGUGCAGAAGUGAAGAGAAAGCUGUGCGAGUUGGAGAUACAAAUGAUAAAGAAGAAGGCGAGAUCAUAGAAGGAGAGACGAACGUGAAAGUUGUUGAAAUAGACAACGAGCGAAUACAAGAGAGUCUGAAGAAGAUGGAGAAACGGAGAGAGAGGUUCAAGGAUACCAAAAUGGCAAAGACGGUAGAAGCAACCGAACCGAGAGCUAAAACCGCCGAUCUUGUGACUAAUCAACAAAGACCGGCUAGAAAGAGGCGAUGGUGUGCAGCUAGUUAAAAAGAAAGAUCAUGUAGGGGUUCCUUGGUUUUAACACAGUAGCGGUUAAUUGAUGUAUAAACCGAUCAACUAAAAAAGUGGCUGAUCUAACAAAAAGUCACAAAACCGAACAAUUGGCUGUGUGACCUGGUUUUGGAUUUAAAGUGAUACUUUUUUUGAA